GUGAAGCUGCGCCAAUCAUUCAGUGGCUCAAAAGUGGCUACCUAAGGCAAAUGAUUCUCACGCAGCUGGCCUUGACCAAGCUACUCAUGUCAACCCUGCGUGUUUGCAGACAUGAGCGGGUGGCUGACUGGACUGGGCCCAAAGCUCGAUACUGGUGCCCGAAAGCCAAGAAGGUGGCCAAGUCCCCUAGCAUCCAUUUGGUCAGAAAAGAGGUCCUUGAAUUGAAAGCUGCGUGCGGCUUCAAGCUUGAUUCCGCCCUUCUAGAGGCUGAUUCGUGGGGCCUUAAAAAGCUCUUCACAUAUGGAUGUGCCAAGGGUGGAUUUGGGAAUGACAAGAGUCCCAUCCGUCGCGACCCAGCAGUCAAUGAGUUCUACGAGGAGUUGUUCGAACACUGGCGUCCUAAGGCGAAGCCGGUGCUGAUUGACUUGGAGAAGGGGGAUGACAGUGACAACGGGAUGGACCUGAGUGGGUUGUUUUCGGUGAAGGGUGAGGAGGAAGAAGAAGAAAGUGGGGGGAAUGAGAAUUCAUAUGCGUUGAUGGACCCUUACUUCACCCAAAUGAUGCCUGAUGAUGAGCUUUUGCUAGCUUUGGGCAGUGAACCAAUUGAGACUGGUGAGGGCGAGGGUGUUCACGCAGAGCAAGGCAAACAUGAGGACAAGGUUGAAUGUGAUGGUUUGGAGAAACCUCUUGAUCCACCUGGUGCAGUUGGGGUUGAGGGAAAGAGCCCAGCCAAACCCCAUGUUGAGCAACCGGAACCAGUGGGAUGUAUCUCUACCACACCAAAGGCUUCAGUUACCAAAGUCCCAUUCACCCCGGCGAAAGAGAUCUCCAACAAAGACCUUGAUGAAAAGAUUGCAAGCUUGAAGCGGCGGCUUGCAACGAAGAAGCCUCAGCCUGCCCAACCUUGUGCAAUGGAUGCUGUGGACACCCUGGCGUUCGAUGCGACUCAAGUGGCUUCUGACAUGCAGGAGGCUGGUGCUCCGAUUUGGGUUGAGGAUACACAAUCUGAUGGUGAUGGGCCUGGGGCAGUGUGCAGGUCUUUGGCAGCAGAUUUCAGCAGUGCCAUGUUUUCUGAAGAAGGUGAUCGAAAGGACCGCUUGGAUGCCAUGGAAGUUCCCAUACUCCAGAACCCGACGGGGGAGGUGGAUGAUCAAGGUUCUGACCAAAGGGUGGAGGAUGAAAACGAAAUGAAUGAUCAGCAGGUGGAGGCUGAUUUGGGUGGUGAGCACAUGGAGGCUGAAAAGAAUGAAGUGGGUGGUGAACAGGUGGGUACUGAGCAGGCGGAGGAUGUGAAAAUAGAGGCUGAGAAAAACGAAACGGGUGGUGAGGACAUGGAGGCUGAGGACAUUGGGAUGGGUGGUGGCGAGGUUGAGAAUGGAAAAGUUACAGCCGUUGGUGAACAGGUGGAGGAUGAGAAAGCGGAGAUGAUGAAUGAGGAGGUGGAGGAUGAUGAAGAAGAGAUGGCCCAACAGCUGUCUCAAAAAGAUUGUGACAUGGAGGAGGAGGAGGAGGAGGAGGAACGAGAACCUGAAAAGUCAGUGGAUGACGAUGAACCUGUGGCUACUGACCUGGACCCCCUUAGCAAAACAAAGGAAACACAGCCUGACGUUGAAACCGGUGAGCCCCCCAUGGUUCGGCGGGUAGAACAGUGGCAGCAGAAACCAAAGGCAAAGGCCAAGGCCAAGGCAGGGCCUAAGGCCAAGGCAAAGGCCAAAGCAAAGAGCAAGGUGCAAGGGAAAGGCAAGGAAGCAAAAAGCAAGAAGAACAGUAAGAGAAAAGCAGAGGAGACUGUUGAAGUUUUGGCCUCAGGAGAGGAAGGUGAGGUUCCUGAGGAAGAGGUGGCAAAACCUUCGCAGAGAAAGCGUGUUGCAAGAAAGGCCCGAGCCAAGUCUGCAGCCAAAACAGAGCCAUCCGGCAGCAAUGAGCAUUCGGCCAAAGCCUCUGACAGCAAGGAAAACAAGGAGCCCCCCAUCAAAUACAAGCCAGUCACUGAGGAAGGUAAGGCUGACAUAGAAGAAGCUUUCAACUGGGAGGAAGGGAAUGGGAAGGGUCAGGCUGGUGAGGAAUGUGAGAGCGUUGCUGGGUCUGAUUUGGGUGAACAUGAGAAUCAGGAACCAGAACCAAACACUGACAAGAAAAAGAACGACUUGCAGUCUUUCGCCCGUCGCCCGCCCCCAAAGACUUCACCAUCAAGGGACAGGUGGUUGGUUAUCCGGGACGUUUUCAACGAGCAUUUGGUGCCUGCUUUGAAGUUGGUGGGAUUUCCGAUCUACAAAUGGGAGGUUGAAUGGUGGGAGUGGGCUAUGGACAAGUUGACUGAGGACAGCGUGAGCAACGAGAAUCUACGCGGCUUGGGUGGUGAUGCCAUCGCUGAGAAGUUGAAGCCUGUGGCCAUGCACCAACUGAGGGAGUUCUGUCGUGAAUGCCCAUCCAACGAGGAUGCCGGAACCUUGCCAAAUUCGGCAUUAGCACAGAUAGCAGCCCUAUCCAAAUUUGCUGGGUUCAAGUCAGCGGCCAUUGACCUUGAGUAUGCGAAGGAAAGGAUUUACACCUACAAGUAUGCAGCAAAGUUGGUACAGCUCAUCCCAGAAUUUCAAGCUGACUCCAAAGCUCGUGACUUUCCCGUGGAGGUGGAGAGUGAAUCCACAGCCUUGGAACUUUUCGCUACUAUGGCCUUUUGUGAUGAGGGCCAAGCUUGGGACCAGGCCUUGAGAGCGAGCCGUGUCAUUCCAACUCCUGUCCGAACUGGUGGAGAACAGUUGGGACCACAUGAGGAUACCAUCCCAGCUGAUUUGGAGGUAACGGCCGAACCAGCUGAGAGUCCUCCUUCUGGUGAGGACAACCCUCCUGACCAUGGCAUGUCGGUUCGGGACUUGGUUGAUGGCUAUGAUUCAGCGGAGGAUGAUGAAUUGCUGAGACGCUUACAAACUGGUGAGUUGGCAUUUCCUGAAGACUUCACCUCGGAGACCCCUGCUGUAGAUGACCCAUACUUCGGACUACCCAAUGCUGAUGAUGCCCAGGAUCUGAAACCAGACCAGCUGGCGGUGAUGGAUGCUCUGGCUGCUGCUUUUGCCCAGGAGGAUGUGGCGAUGGCUGAGAAAGGGAAUGAGAAUUCCUUGGGUGAUGAUUCGAAGGUGGACACUGCACCCUCUGCAUCCUUGACACCGAACCAAGCAGGUGAGAGCAACGCUAUGAAAUGCCUACGUCGACUUGUCCAGCCCCGUGCGGAUGGAUCCUUCCUAGUCCCUGAAGAGAUCAUUGCAAAGUUCAAAGAUAUUGCUGGGGGUGGGCGCUCGGAAGUCUUACGUUUAUAUGAGCAAUGUGGAUGCAACAAGGAUGCUUUCGUGAAGACCUGCCGUCGCAAGAUCGAGCAAAUCAGUGAAGAGGACUUGUAUGUGGAGGGUGAGUUCAUGGCUGAGGCUGACAUGGCGGAUGAGGGAUACAAAGAGAGAGACAAGUAUGAGAAGCAGGUCAAGCUCUAUUGGGUGGAGACGAAGCAGGGUGGCCGCAAGCUGAAACGUAAGCGACAAGUUCUUGAAGAAGAAGAUGAAAUUUCGGCGGAUGAAAUGGAAAAGUUGAAGAAUGAGAUGGAGGGGUUCCCUUCUGACUUUGUCUUGCCCAAAGACACGACGGAUCCCGUGAUCUUGGUGGAGGCUGAUGGCAACGUGGAUACUCAGAAAGCGCUUAAGGCGCUGAGUUUUCCUGUGAUGGACGAUGAUGCAUUGCCAUCAAGCUAUAUCCAGAAGAUCUUGGGUGCCCUUGCAAAGUGGAGGGUCAAAAUGAAUGGUAUCAUUGAGACCUUGGAUAGCUUGGAAGAGAAACCUGACAAUGCUCAACCGUUGGGAAGUCGAGCUGGUCAAAUCGACAAAGCGCUGGUUGAGGUGGAGUCAAAGAUCACUUCUACCAACACUCAGGGAAUCAUUGAAGGCUUCAAGCCAGAGCAGCAGGAUCAGUUGGAAGAGAUGUUCAAAGAAGCGCGCAAGCAGUGCCCUGUCAGGGAAUGCGGUGGAUGGGGCAACCCAAUGAACCGCUUCUCUGACUACAUGACCAAAGCAUUCACCGUGAUGUGGGUCCUCUACAUCAGUGAUGAUCUGGGCCUUACCCAUAUGUUGGAGGCAGCCUUGAUUUCGGAGUUUCAUACUUCCACUGGCUGCAGAAAUGCGCCAGAAAGUGGGGGUGAAGGUGGGCUCAAUAGGUGCGCCGAAGCUUUGAGCCUUGCAACCAGGGCACAGCCAUUCCUUCAGCACAUCAAGUCCCAGGAGAGGAAAAGGAUGAAAGAUAUGGAGAAAGAGGAAAACCCUCGGACACCCGCACCUGCCCGUGUGAAGGUGGAGCCAAAGGCUCCAGCUGUUUCUCUGGCGCAGCACACUGAAGCCUUGCGAGAGGAGAAUGGGACUGUGGUCAGACUUGCCUACUUGCGGCCCACUGAUAUCUUGAGAUAUUUGUUGACCAAUGAGCCGUGGCUACUCUUGGGUGGAUUGAAGCCAGGGAGAGAAGCACAGACCAAAAUUAUUCGAGCAGCAAAAGAUUUUGAUCAGUCCUAUGCGCGGUUGGCCUACAUUGCCUUUACAAAUCAAAGGCAACUCUAUGCUAUGGUUCCAAAACUCCACGCUUUGGAUCACUUUCCUGUUCAGUUGGGUUUGCAGGAGUACGACGAUUACUCACUUAACCCGGCAGUUUAUGAUUGCAGUAUGAGUGAG